AUGACAAAGCUAGUGCUAUAUGGCAUGGACCCAAGUCCCCCAGUGCGCGCUUGCCUCUUGACUUUGAAGGCGCUUGAGCUUCCUUAUGAAUAUGUUGAGGUUAACUUAGCGGCGGGUGAACAUCGCAAUCCCGAAUUCUUGAAGAAGAACCCGCAGGGUACAGUGCCACUGCUGGAGGACAAUGGAGCUCUGAUUUAUGACUCGCACGCUAUUUGCGGCUAUCUGGUCGAUAAAUACAGCAAAUCGGACGAACUCUAUCCGCGCGAUCUCGUGAAGCGGGCUGCUGUCAAUCAACGUCUAUAUUUUGAUGCUAGCAUUAUUUUUAUGUCGCUGCGAAAUGUAAGCGCCGCCUUUUUCCACAAAGGCAUCACCGUCGUACCCAAAGAGAAAACAGAUCUUAUACACGAGGCUCUGGCACUCACCGAAACUUUUCUGGCCGACAAACCGUAUAUCGUUGGAUCCACACUGACCAUUGCUGACUUCUGCUGUGCAGCCACAGUCUCCUCCCUGCCGGCCGUUGUGGACAUUGAUCCUCAAAGAUACCCAAAGAUAACGGCUUGGCUGGCACGACUCGGUCAAUUGCCCUAUUUCGAGGAAGGCAAUGGUGUGGGCGUCAAAAAAUACAUAACCAUGAUGAGAAACUAUCUCACAGACAUACAAGUCUAGUAGCUGUUAAUGAAUAAAAGCAUUUACCUGACAAUU